GUGGUCUGCCCUUCUUUUACAGUAUGGAUGGGUUGGAAGAUGGAUCAAACCAUUUAAAAAGACAGUGGGAGCCAUGGACUUUGGGGGAGCAUCCACGCAGAUCUCCUUCGUACCCAGCCAAGAAAUCGAAAACUCUGAAAAUAAAGCUGUCCUACGUCUGUAUGGUUAUAACUAUGAAGUAUACACUCACAGCUACCUCUGUUACGGGAGGGACCAGGUUUUGAAGAAAGUGCUUUCGAAAAUGAUGAUUGCCCAGAAUUAUGACAGUGAUAUUGUUAACCCCUGCAUGCCAAAUGGCUAUAACGCCUCUUACCCACUGAAGUUUAUAUACAACAGCCCAUGCACAGCAAGUGAGAAAUCUCAGGAUUACUCUCCUGACAAGACCAUAACCUUCAUAGGCACUUCACAACCACUUGAGUGCUAUCAGUUGGUCGACUCCAUCUUUAACUUUAGCCCCUGUAACCAUAGCAACUGUGCUUUCAACAAUGUCUACCAACCUGAGGUUACUGGCGACUUUCUGGCUUUUGCAGCUUUCUAUUACACCAUGAAUUUCCUGAAGGUUACUCUGCAUAGGAGCAUUACAUCACCACAGGAACUGAAAGAUGCAGCUGAUACUAUCUGUAAAAUGGACUUCAAACAGCUGAAGACAAAGGCACUGAACAUAUCAAGCAGCAGACUUGUGGAUUAUUGCACGACCUCCUGCUACAUCCACAUCCUGACAACUAAAGGCUACGGGUUCAACAACAACACUUUUAAAAACAUCGCUUUCCAAAAAAAGGCCGGAGAUACCACCAUUGGCUGGGCUUUGGGCUACAUGCUGAACCUCACCAACAUGAUCCCGCCUGAAGAUGCCGGGGCUUGGAAAGCCCAGGUGCUCGGUGCUUGGGCAGUGCUCAUUGUCAUCUGUAUCCUGGUGAUUGUAGCAGGUGCCCUGGUCUAUGUCCUGUCGUCCCGCUCAGUGAAGAAUGACUCAGUGUUGUAGUGUCAGGAGCAAUCCUUUGGGCUGGAAUCUCCAUGGUUACUAACCCCGGCCUGCCAAUGCCACCCGUCAAUCUGACUGGAGGAUUGUAGCUCUUUGCACACUGUACUAACAGCAAGAGAACCCGUAGCAACACAGCUCAAACACCCCCUUACCCGCAAUCCCCCCUCACCCCCAAUCCUCACUCA